CCUUAACAAAAUCAUGGACUCUCUUAUGAAGCCAACAGAGAAAAGCAGAAAGCAGAGUGCACAGGGUGGCAGAAAUCAGGGCACAGGCGGGGGCAGAAGGGGAGCAGGUAUCUCUGCACACCAAACUGACUUGCAAAGUACAUAGGGACCGGUAGCAGCAGGCAGACGAGUGAGCUGUACAGGGACUGGUGUAUUGUUUCUUUCUCUUACAAUUACUACGUGUCAAGCAGAGAUGACAGUGGAACAAGUAGGGUCCCCAGCUGAGGGGAAACAAGGACUGGGAGCAGAGGAGGAGGAGAUGUUCCCACUCAAGUCUGUGGAAGGGAAGGAGAAUGGGGAGUUGGGCCCGGUAACCACGGAGGGAGAAAAGCUGAAGGCCAAUGAUGAAGAGGACCCUGAGGCAGCCAAGGACUCCACACAAGAGGACAAGGAGUUCCAGCCCCCAGAAGGAGGCUGGGGAUGGAUGGUAAUGGUGGCUGCAAUGUGGUGCAAUGGCUCAGUGUUUGGCAUCCAGAACGCAUGUGGGGUGCUGUUUGUGUCACUCAUUGAGGUGUUCGGCUCCAAAGAUGACCCAUCGCUGACGUUUAAAACAGCAUGGGUAAAUUCUCUGUCCAUGGGUAUGAUCUUCUUCUGCUCUCCUGUGGUCAGCGUAUUUACAGACAUAUUUGGGUGUCGAAAGACGGCAGUGGUCGGGGCUGCAGUGGGUAUCAUUGGACUUCUCUCAAGCUCGUUUGUAAGCUCUUUGGAGCCCCUGUAUUUCACAUAUGGGAUAUUAUUUGCCUGUGGAUGUUCAUUUGCAUACCAGCCAUCACUCGUUAUCUUGGGACACUACUUCAAGAAGCGCCUGGGCCUGGUUAAUGGAAUAGUCACUGCAGGCAGCAGUCUCUUUACUGUCUCACUUCCCUUCGUUCUGAGGUUCAUGCUUGACCAGAUCGGCCUCUUUAACACACUGCGUGUCCUAUGCAUCCUGAUGUUCAUCCUCUUCUUGGCUGGAUUCACAUAUAAACCAUUGGUCCCGCAGCGAAGCAAUUUGGAAUUUAGAAAAAAUGGAAAGUUCAGGUGUCCAUCUGUCAACAAAAUCUUCAAUUUCUCUAUUUUUAAGUCUAAAAGUUACUGUAUAUGGGCCUUUGGAAUCCCAGCAGCACUUUUUGGCUACUUUGUGCCUUACGUUCAUUUGAUGAAUCAUGUAAGAGAGAAGCUUGGAGAAGAUGUAAAAGAAGAGGUUCUCUUAUUAUGCAUUGGUGUCACAUCUGGGGUUGGAAGAUUAGUCUUUGGAAGAGUUGCAGAUUACAUUCCUGGUGUGAAGAAAGUCUACUUACAGGUUGUCUCCUUUUUUUUCAUUGGCUUGAUGUCAAUGAUGAUUCCUUUGUGCCACAACUUUGGAGGGUUGAUUGCUGUCUGCCUUUUCAUGGGCUUGUUUGAUGGCUGCUUCAUAUGCAUAAUGGCUCCAAUUGCCUUUGAACUCGUUGGACCAGAGAAUGUUUCUCAAGCAAUCGGAUUUUUGCUUGGCUUUAUGUCCAUCCCAAUGACUGUUGGCCCACCCAUUGCAGGUAUUCUGCAUGACCGCCUUGGUUCCUAUGAUGUUGCAUUCUACCUGGCAGGUAUUCCUCCUAUCAUUGGGGGGAUUAUACUAUGCCUGAUCCCAUGGAUCCAUCAAAGGACUUUGCAGAAGAAAACAGAAGCUGUGAAUGGAGAAGCUGAAGAGAAAAUGCUAGAGAAACCUGUCAGCACAUUGUGGCCAGGCACAGCGGAAAAUGCUAAAAAAGAAGAUGCCUCAGUAGCAUAAUGGGAACAAUUUACAAGACAGGAGGAAUGUUCAGAUUUCCCUUGUAACUUCUUCCUUUUGCCUUUCUUUUUUUCAUUAUUUUAAAGACAGAUGUGAAUAUUAUACCAGGUGCUACAAAGCCAAAGCUGUAAGAUUACACUAAGCUGGUUCCCUGCCCCUGGGAGUCUGCCAUUUUGGGUUCAGCCAAGGCAGGCAGAGUUCUCACUCAUGCUGGAGGGAAAGGAACUUUCUAUAGGUAUUCAGGAAAACUAUGGAUUUUUGCUUUAGUGUCAUACAGAUUUUGUAUUGUUAGCAAUGCUUAGUGUUCCAAAAGUGAUUUUACUAACUCCAUACCACAUGCUCAGGUCUCUACAUUUAACCUCUACCUGAUCUACAUUGCUAUUUGUUUUCCAUUUGUGACUGGGCCCUUGUUCUGCUGCCUGACACUAGUUACAUUGGGAUUGUGUCUAUUUACCUAAAUGAAUAGCGCUGGAUAUCAAGGGAAGAACUGUUCAACAUCUACAGCAUAUUAGUGAUAAAGCCAUAUCAGGUAGAACUAUCAUGGUUGGAGCAGGUUCAGACUUCAUCGUUCCCCCAAAUAACCGCUGCCUUAAACUGAAUGCUGCUGUUAAAUCAUAAAUUAUUCAGUGAUUUCUAGUAAAACAGGGUUUUGUUGUUUCUUAGCAACAAAAAUAGAACAGUUUGUUCAUAAUGAAGUACAUUUAAGCACAUUUCCAAUAUACAUGAAUACAACUAAAUGCAUUGUACAUUUUGUAAAAGUUGUUUCUAUUGAAAUCAGUGCUUGUCUGUUCUCUGCACUGCAGAUCCUGACUACAUGCAUUACUGAAACAAUGUAGUAACAGUCAGCUCUCCUACGGCCAUGACUUCAUUACCCACAAUGUGCAAAUAUAUAGAUAUAGAAGGUGUUAAUGGAUCUUGUAACUCUAUCCACAGAAAGAAUGGUGUCAUUUCAUGUCCAGUUUAUAAAAGAAAGCUAUGCAAAACUUGCUGAUCAUGGUGUCCAUUCCAUCAUAUGAACCCUCAAAUCCAACAAUAAAACUAAACGUGGAAAUAAAAGAAAAACAUGCAGAAACUUCCAUAUACAAGAAAUACAGGCUUUGGUCAUUGCCUUUGGUGGGUUCACAGACCACAGUCCCACAUAAUAAUAAUAAGGUUUAUUUUUAUAUGUUCACAUAUCAGUAUUUCAGGGAUACUAAGCUGAUUAAUCCUCAGUUUUAAAAACAGGGAAUGAUGAAUGUUAAGUACAGAUAUGGGACCUGUUAUCCAGAAUGCUCAGGACUUGGGGUUUUCCGGAUAACGGAUCUUUCCUCCGUUCGAACGAUCAAAGGAAU